AUGAAACUUCUCGUCUAUACACAUCAUGGAUUAGCUUUCAAGCUGAUACCGUGCCAUGCAAACUUGUAUUCAACUCCAACAAAGCGCCACCGUCUUAUCAUACAGAAGAAGUAUGACUUACUUUAUAUACGUCGCAUUGCCAUCCCUAGCCACGAGAAACUCCCAUCUUAUCUGGCAUGUAACCUGGAAGCUGGAUUGUGGAGCUUUACAAUUGUUUCCAUAUCAGGUCUAGAAGAGGAAUCUCAGAGUGGUGACCAUGCCCCAUCGAGGUACGGCAUUUGGAUAGGGAUCAAAGUGAAGUCCGAUGUAAACCUGCCCGAAGCUCCCGUAAUGCUCCUUAAGAAUAAGAUAUUAAGAUGGCAUUUUCCCUUUGACCAAAAGUCCCCUUAUUGCUCCUCGUGA